AUGGAUAGUCGCUAUCAUAAUCAAGAUAAUGAUUCGAAUUUAUUUGUAAAUCUAUCACAUUUGUUAUUGUCAAAGAUUACUAAUGGAUUGAUUGAUAACAUAGAUAGAGUUUGUCUAAGUCUAGUUUGUAAAAGAUUAUAUAAUGAAAGACAUAAAUAUCUAUCUUUUAGUACGAGAUACAUCAAAGCUAUCAAAGAAGAUAUUACAAAUGAAAUCUAUUUGAAUUCAUAUAAAUCUAUUCUAAUCAAUUCAAUCAAUCAAAUAACAAAUUGUACAUUAUUACACGAUAAACAAAAACACAUUGAUAAAAUAGCUUCAAAUGUAAAUCAAGUUGAAUUUUUUACAGACUUUUCAGUACAUUUGGAGGUUGGUCAGUCGAUUACAGAGAAAAUCUAUCAAUUGAUGGCUAAUUCCAAUGUUGUCAAACUAGUGGCAUGCCAAACACUUAGAUAUCAACUGCCAGCAAAUUUAGUAUCGCUAGCAUUCGAUUCAUACUUUAAUGAACCACUGGAACCAGGUUUUCUUCCGCCAAACCUCAAGAAACUUAGAUUUGGUUUCAGGUUUGAUCAACCAAUCAAGCGUGGUGUUCUCCCAGAGCGACUGGAGAAACUAACACUUGACCAGAUGUUCAGUCGACCAAUAGAACCAGGAGUAUUGCCUUUGUCUUUGAAGGUUCUGAAGAUGAAUAGUAACUCGUGGUUCAACAAGAACGAUCUCAAGGUUGGAUCGUUACCUCCGGCGUUAGAAGUAUUCCACUACUCCGGACACUGCUCGGAACUCAUCAAUGGUAUACUGCCAACCACCGUCCACACAUUCAUAGGUGUACCAUUUACAUGGAUCAAUUCACCACUGUUCCAAAUCUAUCGGAAUCUAAAAACGUUGGCGGUCCACGCUUCACCAAGUCAUCCCGAAUCAUUUUUAGAUUUAAACGUACUGCCUACCUCUGUAACGAAGCUUAUUAUCUAUGAUGAUAUUCAUUUGAAAUCAGUGAUGCCCCCAACAAUCAAGUAUCUCGAUAUUAGCAAUGCGCGCUAUGAUGUCGAUGAGAUAUUCACUAAUGAUCGAUCACAAUAUCAUUUCGAAACUCUGAAAGUCGAUGGAUUCACACUGGGUUCGCUAGAGAAUAUAAAGAUCGAUCACCUACACAUUGCAUUUAGAGAUGAAUACGGUGGUGAAGGUCUAUUAAGAGAUAUACCAAACGGUGUUAGAUAUCUAAGCUUCCGCUAUUGUAGCGCCAUGAUAUUACUUCAAGACAUUCAGGUACCAGAGUCUGUCGAAUUUUUUAAAGUCGAUUGCAAUAAUCAAUAUGACCAUAUUGACUUUAUUCCAAAUGCACUUCAAGAGUUAAUUAUUAAAGAUGACAUCGGACAAACCUUUUGCAGUCUACCAGAACUGGUGAAUCCUCUAACAAUUCCAACAACCGAUUCAGAAGAUCGAAUCUUCUUAAGAAAACUUGACGAUUCAAACUACCUAAUCUUUGGUCAAUCAAACAAUCGAUUCAUUGGAGCAUUCAUCAAUCAAUCACAACUUAUUAACAAGUUUUUAAUUAAACUUAAAUAA